UCCAGUGAAAAGUAUAUUUUAAAAAUAAAAAAUGGAUUUGAAAUUAGAAAAUACUCAGUAUGCUUAUUUGAAGACACGUUCACAGUUCGGAAAGUGGUACAGUUUCUCGGAACACAAUAAACUAGAAGUAGAUAUUAAAUCUGACAAAUCAUUAAUGCGUGAUUACAUACGAGUAGAUCCAGUAACUCGUACUACACAAUGCAGUAAAAAUUUCAGCGUACAUGAGGUAAAUACAAUGACUGCGACUUUUAAAGAAGCCGGGCUACAUCAUGUUGAAGGUGGAUGGCCUAAAGAUAUAAACAUGUAUGAUAUAGAACAAACUGUUCGCUAUAGACGUAAAGUUGAAAAAGACGAACUUUAUAUUCAUACAAUGCUACAAUUAUUACCCGCAAUGGAACACUGUAUUCUUCAGAAUAAUGCGUGUAAUAUUUAUGAGCAAUAUUUCAAUGACACAGAGGCAGUACCAUUAGUGCAAAGAACAUUUUCGCGUACUGUUAAUGUUUACCGAGAUGUAAUACCGGUAAAACGCCCAAUCACUCAUCUUUCGUGGUCACCAGAUCAAGGCACACGAAUGGUUGUCAGUUAUUGUAAUAGAGACUUCAAAAAAUCUACUAUUCACAGCAACUUUUCUUAUGUUUGGGAUAUUGAGAAUCCGAAUAACCCAUUAAUGACUCUGAAAUCAUCGUGUCAAAUAGUCGCUACAGAGUACAACCCUAAAGACAGUAAUACGCUGAUAAGUGGAUUAAUAUCAGGUCAAGUAGCGAGCUGGGACCUGCGGCGUGGCUAUGAACCUAUUGAUGUAAGCUUGGUCGAGAAUAGUCACCGUGACGCCUGUAAUAAAGUUCUGUGGAUAAAUUCCAAAACUGGAACCGAGUUCUUCAGUUCAUCCAGAGACGGUCAAAUAAAAUGGUGGGACACAAGGAAACUUCAAGCACCCACGGAUACAUUGAUCAUUGAUCUAGUUAAACCAGAAGAGCAGGACAUCGAACGUGCUACUGGAGUUACAACAUUGCAAUUUGAAUCUUCACUGGGUACACGGUUUAUGUGUGGCCUUGAAAAUGGUAUCGUCAUAUCAGGCAAUCGGAAAGGUAAAACACCAAGUGAAAAAAUAGCAACGCGCUUUAGGGCUCAGUACGGACCUGUUAUUUCUGUAUUGAGAAAUCCGACGUUUGUUAAAAAUUUUUUAACCGUUGGGGAUUGGGCUGCUAGAAUUUGGUCUGAAGAUUGCCGUGAAUCUUGUAUCACAUGGACUCCCGGGCAUCGGGAACUUCUUACUAGCGGUGCAUGGAGUACAACACGUUUUUCUGUAUUUUUUUUAACAAAAGCAGACGGUACAUUAGAUGUGUGGGAUUUAUUAGUACAGCAAGAUUCCCCUGUUCUCAGUGUGAAGGUUUGUGAUGAUAGUUUGACGUGUGUAAAUCCACAUGAGCAAGGCCAAUUAGCCGCAGUGGCUGGUAAAAAUGGCACAACUUAUUUACUGGAAUUUUCAGAAACACUUACUGUCAAUCAGAAAAACGAUAAACUUUUAUUUACAGCCCUCAUUGACCGAGAGACCAGGCGAGAAAAAGUUAUUGAAGCAAAAAAUCGUGAGAUUCGUUUAAAAAUGAAAUCAAAUCGCGUUGAAGUUGAUGCAGAUGGGACAAGAGGAUCCAGAAAAAAUUCUAAAACUGUAGAUGCUAAUAAUCCUGCUAUCAUUCAAUGUGAACAGGAAUACGAAUCAGCAAUUGAGGCUGAGUCAGCGCGAUUCGCAAUGAUGGAUGAUAAUGACAAUAAUAAUUUCGCUAAUGAAGCGACUGCUUGAAUUUUAUUUUUUAUUUUAUUUGUAAAUAACUGAAAUUUUUUUAAUUAUAAUUGAUGGUAAAUAAAA